ACAAAGAAUUUAUCUAUAAACAAAUUGGUAAAUAUGGAACGAUGUCGUUUAGUUGAUCAAAAAGAGAGAAAGAAAAGCGCAACAGUGUAGUAGCAGCAAGGUUCUGAAACCUAGCCCAGUUUCCAUCAUCAUUUAGUCGGCCGUCGCACCUCCCUCACACAGCACCCUUUCGGUUUUCCUUCCAUCCAAUCCAUUCGUUUUCACCCUAAAACCUCAACACCCAAAGUUAAAACCCUAAAAAUUUCAUUCCAAAGAUGCAGCACGAUGAGGUUAUAUGGCAAGUUAUCAGGCACAACCAUUGCAGUUUCAUGGCAAAAAUUACGACAGGUAUUUUUUGUAGAAACCCUUACAGCAUCACUGGAAUUUGCAACCGAAGUUCCUGUCCUUUAGCUAAUAGUCGAUAUGCCACCAUUCGCGAAGAUAAUGGUGUGUUUUACCUUUACAUGAAAACUAUUGAAAGAGCUCAUAUGCCAAAGGAUUUGUGGGAAAGAGUUAAGCUGCCUAGGAAUUACGAGCAGGCACUUGAAGUCAUAGACAAAAAUCUGAUGUAUUGGCCCAAGAUUCUUCUACACAAGAUAAAACAACGGUUGACCAAAAUGACCCAGAUGCGUAUACGUAUGAGGAAGCUUGCUUUGAAAACAAGGGAGAAAAUAACGACAUUGCCUAGGAAGGAGGUAAAGAGAGAAGCUAGAAGAGAAGAGAAGGCUGAAAAAGCAGCUGUGCUAGAAAAGUCUAUUGAGAAAGAGCUAUUGGCACGCCUUAAAGAAGGACUUUACAAGCAAGAUGAUAUCAUCAACUAUCCUUUUGAAGAAUACAAUAAAAUUAUUGAAAUGGAGAAAAGUCAACCUGCUGAAGAAGAGGAUGAAAUGGAAGAAGAAAUAGAGUAUGUAGAAGGUGCUUAUGAUGAACUUGAAGAGGAAGAUGACAUAGAAGAUUUUGGUGCUUAUGCAAUUGAUGAGUCACAGGGCAAUGGCAGCGAUGAUGAACUUGAUGGAAGCGCUGAAGAUGAAGAAACUAAAGCCCGUGAUCAAAGGAAAGCGAAAAGGAAAUCGACUUUAGCUUCAAAGAAACUUGAAAAGGAUGGCCUUGAUCCUAAAUCAAAGAAAACAAGGGUCCUCGUUGAGGUGGAACACGACGAUGCUGACGAAAGGCAAAGAGCAAUACUGUAGUUGCAUUUCGGGUUAGUUAGUGUAGGCGAAAGAGGCUGCUAUAUGAGAAACCAAAUUUUGAUUGUCAUUUCUUUAAAUUAUUUGUACCUGAAAGAAAAAAAUCUCAAGCCAUUUUUAAUUACAUACAGUUUAUUUUCAUGUUAUCUUCCUUUUGUUUGGAAGAAGGGCAGUGUUGGCGGGCAGUGUUGGCAUAUGUCAGAAAAUGCGUUGCUUGGUUUGGUCGGCCCAGAUCUUCUCAGUCCCACUUAGUUUGAAGAUUGUGACUGUUCAAAUUUUAUAUUAUUUGGGAUCUUCAGGAGUUAAGAACACUCUUAUUUUUCUACUGUUCUUUACUUAGAGCUAUGAUAUUUGAAAACUCAAUUUUAGGCACCAUAUUUGAAACCUUA